GUAUAAAAUGAAUAGAGGUAAGGCAGCCGCCAUUGAGUCCUCUGGUCCUACUAGAGAGUUCAUGAAGUGGACAGAGGACAUGGACGCACGUCUUCUACACUCUAUGAUUGAGGAAUCACGAAUCGGUAAUAGGGUUGACAGAUGUUGGACAUCCCAAGCAUAUAGUAACAUAGUUGAUCAUCUUCAUAGCUCUGGCUAUGUCACAAUUACGAAAAAUAAUGUUAAAAAUCGUCAGAAAGUGUUGAAAGAUAAAUGGCGUGAGGUACAUGACCUGUUUUCUGGAUUGAGUGGAUUUACGUGGAACCCAGAUAGUAUGACCUUUCAUGCUGAGGACGAAGUUUGGAUGGACCUGAUUCAGUCGAAGCCAACUGCCGCAAAGUGGAGAGUUAAUAGUAUGAAACACUACGAUUUAAUGGUAGAGUUAUGGGCUGCUGAUCGAGCUACUAGGAGUGGUGUUCGGACCGCUCGUCAAGCACGUCGACAGCGGGUUGGGCCUCGUGUCAGUGUUGAUUUGAAUCAAAAUACUGAGUACAUUCCUGAACAGCCUGAGUGGACGGGGUAUAGAGACCCAACUCCACCAUCACCUCCUCCAUCUGUGGAUGAAUAUAGUCCAGGACAGACUCAAUCUGUGCCUUCCGUCCCAUCCGGUGGAACUUCAUCCUCACGAGGCUCCAAAAGGAAGGCACACAUGGUCGAUGUAAUUGAUUCUCAAUUUGAUAAGUUGAAGACCAACCUCGAUGGUUUAGCAAAUGUCCUAAGCUCAUCAAAUGUACAUUUUGGUGUAAUUUCUGAUGCAGCUGUGCGUCAAGUCUCAGCAAUGGAAGAUAGAAAUCAAAUACUACGUUCCCAAAUGGAAAUCCUUCGUCGCACCCUGAAUUACACAUAUACAGAGGUAGACAUUUAUGAAAUGUUGAGUGCUAUGAACAUUGCUGAUGAAAAUUUUCUAGAGCAAUGCUAUGAUUUCUUAUGUGGAAACCCCACAUGUACAAAGAGGUUGAUGGGACUUCCACCACACAAGCGGUGGAAUAAAUUAUGUAAAAUGAUCUCGGGAGGUGACUGUUAG